AUGGUGCGGUAUCCGGUCUUCUCCUGCACGCUCGCUGGAUCCCAUCGGUUCCUGGCUUGUUCCUAUAUCCUGCCGUCGACUCCCCUAAGACACUGCCGUCAACACCCGGCUGUGGACACACCCCUCCGACUGUCAGACGUCGAAGAAGAACCUCUACCCCGUGAGCAGGAGGAACCACGGUCCCCCCACAUACGUGAGGAAGAAGAGGUACCACAUUCCCAACACAUUAAAGAGGGAGGAGAGGAGCCACAGCCCCCCCACAUUAAAGAGGAAGACGAGAUGUCACACACCCAUAAUGUUAAACUGACCCUUCACAUUAAAGGGCAAGCGGAGGACCCACUGAUCUUACACAUCAAAAAUGAAGAGGAGGACCCACUGACCCCUCACUUUAAGGAGCAAGAGAACCUGCUGACCCCUCACAUUAAAAAGGAAGAGGAGGACCAAGAGCCACCGCACAUUAGAGAGGAAGAGGAGGAAGAGGGCAUCAGUCAGCCUAAAUGGUUGGAGGAGUUCCCAGUGACUGGUGUCCCUGUGAAGAGUGAAGAUGAUGAGGUGAAAGGUGAAAGUGAGGAGAGGGGAGGGGGGGAGCCUCCAAGCAGCAGCUCAACACAACACAUGACAACAGAAGCUGAUGGAGACCACUGUGGAGGAUCACAAGCAGACAAGCUCUUAGCUCCACUAUCAGAUAGUGAGGACACAACGUCACACUCUCCUGACACUGAUGAUGAAGACUCUAAAGAUGAUAAGACAUGUCACACUGACAACACUCACUUCACAUCUUCUCUCUGUGAGAAAACAUUUCGUUACCGUUCUUAUCUGAAAAGACACAUGAGAACACACACUGGAGAAAAACCUUUUUCCUGUUCAAUCUGCGGUAAAGGUUUUACAGAAAGUCAACAUUUGAAAAGACACAUGCGAACACACACUGGAGAAAAAACUUUUUCCUGUUCAAUAUGUGGUAAAGGUUUUACACAAAGUACAGAUGUGAAAGUACACAUGAGAACACACACUGGUGAAAAACCGUUUCCUUGUUCAAUCUGUGGUAAAGGUUUUACACAAAGUCAGAGUUUGAAAAAACACGCUAGAACACACACUGGUGAAAAAUCACAUUCCUGCUGAAUCUGCAACAGAAGCUUUUGUUGACAAUCAACCCUUGUAGCACACAUGAGAAGACACCCAGGAGAGAAAGUGUUGAGUUGCAGUGUGUGUGGUGAAAGAUUGUCUUCUAAGUAGCAGUGUAAGAAACACAAGUGUGCUGGUGAGAACAGCAGCAGCAAAUGAAACUGCAGGAUUUGAAAUAAACUGUCCAGACUUU